AUGGCGACCCAAAACGCAGACAAAGCGCAGCGCAUUCGACUCCCCUUGUACAAACUAGUUUUGUCACAGAGUACCAUUACCGAUGAUAUCCUCGAGCACCAGUGGGAUGGGGAUGGAACCACCGAAAGCCCAUAUCUUGUGGAAUGGGUACACAAUGACCCGAGAGAUCCUCAUCAAAUGCAGGAGUGGUUAAAAUGGUCCAUCACGCUCCUACAGGCCGCAUCUUUUCUCUCCAUCACAUACGCUUCGGCUUCCCUUUCUGCUGCCGAUCCCCAGCUUAAGGCACAUUUUGGAGCUAGUACAGAGCUCACGGUUGCAGAUACCUCGCUAUUUGUGCUUGGAUUUGCCAUCGGUCCUGCAGUAUGGGCACCUCUUUCAGAAUUAUAUGGUCGUCAAGUUAUCUACUUUAUCACGCUUGGAAUGUCCACUCUCUUUGCUGGAGUCACCAUCGCAAGUCCGAACAUUGCAGCUGUUCUGGUCCUUCGAUUCUUCUCCGGUGCGUUCGGUUCUUCUGCCGUCUCGAAUGCUGGAGGCGUAGUGUCCGACAUGUAUACUGCGCGCGAUCGAGGACUGGCGACCAUUGCUUUCAUUGGAGCUCCGUUCCUUGGUCCUGGUCUUGGGCCUAUCACUUGCGACUUUUUGGCAGUGUCUAAGGGCUGGAAGUGGGUUCAAGGACUUACAACAAUCUUCAAUGCGGUGGUGUUCUUGGUUGGAAUUGCCCUGAUUCCUGAGACGUACUCGCCUGUUCUUCUACGCAAGAGAGCAGCAAAGCUUAGCAAGAUGACCGGUGCUGUGUAUAAGAGUCGACUUGAUGUGGAACAGUCACACAAAACCGCUGGUCAGGUCUUUACAGCGACCAUGGUGCGCCCGUGGAUUUUGCUAUUUAUGGAGCCAAUUGUGCUACUUCUUUCUGUCUAUAUGGCUAUCAUCUACGGCACAAUGUAUAUGGAAUUCGCUGCUUUCCCCAUCGUCUUCGAGGAAGCUCGCAACUGGCCACAGACUACGGCCGCCCUCCCCCCCGAGGCACGAUUGAUCCCUGCUAUGGUGGGAGCGGUGACGCUACCCAUUGGCCUGUUCUGGUUUGCAUGGACCAACUACCCAAGCAUCCAUUGGAUUGUCUGCGAAAUCGGAACAGUGCUUUUUGGGUUCUCGCACGUUUCUAUCUUUCUCAGUGUGGUGAACUACAUCGUUGAUGGAUAUACUCUCUACGCCGCAUCGGCAUUGGCUGGAAAUGCUGUCAUACGUGCUCUUUUCGGUGCAGCCUUUCCUCUCUUCACCACACCUAUGUACGAUGGUAUCGGUAUUCAUUGGGGUUCUUCAGUCUCUGCCUUCCUCGCAGCUGCUUGUCUCCCCUUUCCUUGGAUAUUUUAUAAAUUCGGUCCUGCUAUCCGACGUCAUUGUCGAUAUGCGGCCGAGUCGGCUCGUCAGCUCGAUGCUAUGGCUGACCGGAUGAAGGCGCAGAGUGAGAAAAAGAUGGCCGGAGAAAAGCCCGAGCAGUCUGCCCAGGCUGUGAGCUCUUCCUCUGCUACAACUGAUGAGGAACAUGAUGGUUCUUCGGAUAGAGCCGAGAUGGUUUGA